UAAAUACUUUUUCUAUGUAUAGGGUCGACUUGCAAAAAUAGAUGGAAUCAGUUGAGAGAUCAGUGGCGAAAAAAUAAAAAAAAUAAACUGACGAAAUCGGGACAAGCGAGUAAGCCAAUAAAAAAAAAUGGCGAUUUGAAGAACAAAUGAGGUUUUUAGAACCAUUUUCGCGCCAACGAGAAACAAUUGGCAAUCUUGACGAUAUUGACGUGAAUGAAGAAGAAGAACGAGACGGAAAUAUUGCGGCUAUUGGGACCCAAGUUAUUGAUGAACUGGAAAACGCAGAAGAGGUUACAGUUUCUCCUGCUCAAACUAAAUCUACGCCAACACCUACACGACUCCGAUGUUCUUCUAACCUAAACCGACCAUCGAAAAGAAAACAAGAUGAAUCCGCUACUGGAGUACUAAUGAAGUACCUUGUUGGAAAGCAAAGAAGAGAAGAAACAAGUCUUCCUGCAGUAAAAGAUUCAACAGAAAAAUUGCAGAAAGUAGGAUCUUUAAUUUGGUACAAGAUAUACUAGAGCAAAUUUUAAUAACCAAUCAACCUUCAAACGUACACUAGCAACAAUUACAAUUUUCACACCCGAACUGCUCCAGCGUCUACGCCCUCCCCUGCUACUUCAAAUUCAACAGCUGCUUCAUACAUAGAAUCAUUUUAUGAUUAUGCAAAUAUUGAAUAACUUACAUUUUUUUUGU